UUAGGUAUUGCGACGUGUCACGAAAAUAUUAUCUGUCAUUAGUAUCAUUAGAAUGUAGGUGAAAAAAAUAUCAGUCUUCAAAAGGAGGAAGAUAAAAUAAAGCAAAAUGUCUAGGAUACAUAAUAAAAUGCCACGGUUGGCAGUUCGUGACAGCUUCGAUGACGAAGAUUUGAGUGAUAUCGACGACGAGGUUUUCAUUCGUGAUGGGAAGAGUGGAAUUUUGAAAAUAGAUGAUGAAUCCGGCGUGAAAAGACCAUUGAUGGCACCCCGUAGAAAAUUUAAAAGUGUCCACAUGACUGAAAGAGUCAGUUUGCCUUACAGAGUUUUAUUGGCUCCUUUUUGUUAUGGGUUGAUAGCAUUAUUUAUUUUGUUGGGACUAAUUGCCCUUUGUGCUUUAACAGCCAAUUUAUUCCCAAUGCCAUUCACAGUCUUAAGAAAGUGGAUAUCUACAAAUGAUAUAAAACCUCAUGUUAACAAAACGGAAGCCAUUCCUUGUACUUCUCUCAAUUCUAAAAUCAUUUGGACGAAAACUCUUCCAAAAUUUACAUCAGAGGCGCCUUUGAGAAGCAACGACGUAAAUGGGGAUAAUAUUGAAGAUAUCAUCGUCGGAUUUAGCACAGGACUGGAUGCAGUGGAUUCUCCGGAUUACUAUUGCACCCUCUACUUCGAGAACCAAAAACCCUGUUUCGGAGGAGUUCAUGCUCUGGAUGGAAACUCUGGAGAAAUAAUCUGGACCCAUUGGACUGGCCACGCAAUAUUUUCCGUUGAUUGCAGUCUGGAUUUAAAUGACGAUUCUACCAAAGAUUGUGUUAUUUCCGGACGUGGAGGAAUUUUGCAUGCAGUGAACGGUCGAGAUGGAAAAAGUAUCUGGGAAAUGCCACGGGAAGGGAAAGAACUACCGGUAUCAGAACGUGGUGAUUUGUUGGACAUCUACGACGCUAAAUUCAUCGCUGAUAUUGAUGAUGAUGAGAUUGGAGAUGUAGUCGCCUCACAUAUUCUUCAAGUGGAUGAAAAACGUCUUUCCGAAGUUGUCAUCAUCUCUGGAAAAACCGGAAAAGUUAUUCGCAACGCUGGUUUACCAGAAACGGAGGAAUUAUUCGUUGCGCCUGAAGUUCUUGUUCAUCCGGAUGGCGAGAAUAUUUUCGUUAUGGUCACAAAUAGUCAGAAACAAUCGGGAGGUCUAUAUGUUGUGGCUCAGUCUAAAUUAAUGCGCGGAGAGUUUAAGUUGCAAAAGCUCCAUCACAGUGCAGGUAAAGGAGUCCUGCUUUCUCCAAUUCUCGUCGACAUAACUCUCGACGGAACCGAAGACAUCGUAGCCGCAAUGUUUAAUUCAACAAUUGUCGCCUACGACGGGAAAUCUUUUCAGCAGAUCUGGAACUACACAGUCCCGAACUCCGAAGUAAUCAGCAUUCCAAUUCCAGGAUAUUACGAUGACGACAACGUCCCCGAUUUUAUGGUGAAACACCAUAUAGGCCCAGGAAUUCCAGUAUAUUAUUACACAGUGGCGACAAUCCUAAAUGGAAAAACGGGAAAGCCACUACUUGAAGAGCCAAUGGAAGACAGCAUGAGUGCCCAGAUGUCCGGCUUAUCACUGUCGGUCCAAGGAUUUGGAAAUGAUUGGUUCCUUCACUGGUCAGCCGAUUGUCUAAAACACAAAGGCUCAAAAGAAAAGUACCAAUUUUUCAAAGGCCCGAAUACCAAUUCACAAAUGCGAGCCGAUCUCUGUAAACUUCGUUUCAAUUCCACUCUCACCUCUUCCUUAUACGCAUUUAGCCAACAUGUUGGUCCUCCCGGUCUGUCAUUAUAUUUCUCCGAAGACUGGAAAAAACUCGAAUUCAACAAUUCCUUCGAUCCUCGUCAAACUGCUGAAAAUUAUAUUGAAAAUUAUACCUUGGAUGAGCCAUUGAUUGAAAGCGAAGAUGUUGCGGAGCGAUCGCCAAAACUUGGGAAAGUUAUCGAGCCAGAGAGCAAAUAUGAGCUUGAUGACGACUUUUUAAAGGAAAGGGAUGAUAAGUACGAUCUUGAGGAUUACAAAGACGUGGAACCGGAAAUUUUAAACUUUGAGGAUAAAGUUCCGGAUGCAAUGAACAUUGCCGAGGAGUUGAGAGGUUUAGAUAAAUGGGAGAAUAUGCGUCCAAAAAAAGUAUACGACGUUUUGUAUGAUGAUGGAACCGAGCGUUUGGAUUUGCCACAAUCGGAAGUUCGUGCCCAGCGUAGUGAAAAUAUUCCAAAGGUCAAUAACGACACCAACGACGUACAAAAUAAACUCGAUCCUAGUAUGGAUUACACGAAUGGUCAGACGAGAAGAUAUUAUUCUUUGGAACCGGUUAACAGGUCGAAUUCUCUUGACGAGGAUUCUGAUUAUUUCAGCAUGUCUGAAGACGUGGACUUUACUGAUGACCCAGAGGAAGUGCCCGAUGAUAAACGGAAACGGGAGACGAGACAAACUAAAAAAACUUCACCGAGGGAAGCUUUUGAAGAGAAAACUUUGGGUCAGAAAGAAAUACCUAUCAUUCUCCAGAAUGGAAAUGAGAGAACAAUCAAGCUUGUUAAGAAACUGAAAGAAAAGAUUCCAGGGAAGAAAACGCUUAAGAAGAAGAAAAUUGUUCUUAAAAAUGAGCAAGAAGAACAGAAGGAACUCUAUCGAGCAAAGCGAAUUCGCAAACGGUCAUCAGAGACAGGUUUGAGAAAUAUCGCGACAGGAGUCCAGAGACAACCACCUACUGGAAUUUUGCUUCCUUCUUUGAAGUCUUCGGAAAAACGUUCGAUUGACCUUUUAUUCUCGACUUAUUGGCUUCCGGCGACCGAAAAUCCGAUUGUUCUUCUUCAGCAAGACCUGGACUGCAUUCGACGGAAGGAAGAAGACCUGGGGAGGAAACUUCAACUCGCAGAGUACGAUAUUAAUGUCAAGGAAUGUCUCGUGGAACGAGGUUUUAAUUACCAAAUUUUUGAAGAAGCUAUUGACCGAGAAAAUGUGAAAAUUGCUCUCGGACAAAUGACAGUUUAUAGAAUGCAACUCCAGUGUAUUUGUCCGGAAGAUAUGGCACCAGGAAAAAUUUGCAAAGAUAUUUCUGCUCAUCAAAGUUGGCCUGCGCAUCUUGGUUCUUCCGGCAAUGGCUAUUUUAAACCUUUACGUUCCAAAAAUUCUUGAAGGAAAUUUCCAGA